AUGGACCCAAGCAUUCUCUCUAGUUUACAGAACCUACAACUCACAAAAGAAGAAGAAGAAGCUAUUCCUAUCUCAGUCUCACACUGCCCGGGCCUUUUGGAAGAAUGUUCCCUCAGCCUCUUUGGGCGGCUCCUUGCUGAUUGGCAACAGAACCAACGUGCUUUGAAGAACACCCUCAGAUCAGCAUGGAAAAUGGGUUCAGAUAUGAGGAUUGUGGAAGUUGGAAACAAUAUACUCCAAUUCAAGUUUAGCUCAAAAUUCCAGAUGGAGUGGGUUGAGAGGUGUGGGCCUUGGUGCUUUGACAACAACCUCCUAUUGCUCUGUAGAUGGAAAAAGGGACUGACUUCCACAAACAUUUCCUUCACCCAUUCUCCAUUUUGGGUACAAAUUUGGGGUCUCCCCUUUGAGCAUAUGUCACUGGACGUUGGGAAAGAAAUCGGUAGCAAGCUAGGUACUUUUUUGGAAGUUGAUAGGCGUUCAUGGCAAUCUGACCAGGCAAAGUUCAUGAGAGUUCGUGUGGAGCUGGAAAUUGAUAAGCCUCUAAGAAGAGGAGCUUAUAUUGUAAGCUCUGAAGAGGAACGGCUAUGGCUCACAUUCAAAUACGAAAGGCUUCCUACGGUUUGCUUCAUCUGUGGGAAGCUUGGGCAUGAUAAAAAACAUUGCCCAGCAGCAAGGGACUGGUAG